AUGCUUCGAAAAUCAGAAGAAAAAUAUUUGGAGGUCGAUAAGCCUGCAAGCAUUUUGCGGGAAACGUUAAAAGAGAUGGAGGAAAUAGACUCAACUGGGAUCCUAAAAUGUGUUGAUCAACAUAUGGUUGAUACAUAUAAUGCAAUAAGCCGUGCAGCUAAAUUAGGCGCUUAUCGAUUAUUGCAUUUUGAAGAAAUGCCACAACAAUGGCAAGAGAAUCCUUUAGUGUGCUCAGUUAUGUAUCAUGUGUUUAUUCAUUGUGCACAUAUACCAGUAAUGAAAUGUGCAGCAACCUUCGAUUAUAUUGGCAUUUCACUUCUCAUCACCGCCUCAAUCCUCAUCACGGAAUACUAUAGCUUCUACUGUUCUCCACUUGUGUGUUGUUUCUACAUGAUCUUCACUUCAUUAGCCGGCCUUGUACCAAUAAUGUGCUCUAUAUUAUUCAAAUGGUGGGAUACGAAGCCAUAUCGUCUAUAUCGAGUUGGUAUGUUCGUAAUGUUGGGUUCAUCCGGAAUAUUCCCAUUAACCCAUCUCAUACACUUACACGGUGUGGUUCAUACGUGGCACUUUGUGAGUCCGAUCAUAUCAAGCAUCGCUGCCUAUCUGACUGGCGUCUGGAUAUACGCUAAUCGAUUUCCAGAGCGAAAAUGGCCGGGCAAAUUGGAUCGAUUCGGAAUUCAUAGUCAUUCGGUGUGGCAUGUGUUUGUGUGCAUUGCUCAUAAGUACUAUUCGACAACGACCUCUCCUCCCGACUUGCAAAAGAUAAAACCAUUAAAUGGAAUACGUGUAUUAGAAUUAGGACAGAUGAUUGCAGGUCCAUUUUGUGCUUCUAUAUUAGGAUAUUAUGGUGCAGAAGUGAUAAAAAUAGAACCACCAAAAUCCGGUGAUCCAUUGCGUAUUUGGCGGCACUUGGAUAAGGAUGGCUGCAGUCCUUGGUUCCGAUCACUUGGCCGAAACAAAAAGUCGUGUGAGAUUAAUUUACGUGCUGAUGAAGGUCGAAAAUUGAUACGACAGCUGGCUGAUAGAUCGGAUGUUUUGAUAGAGAAUUUUAAACCGG